AUGAGAGAUAACAUCAAUAAAGUGGCGGAAAGAGGUGAAAGAUUGGAUUCCAUUGAAAACAAAACUGACAACUUAGCCAUCAGUGCCCAAGGGUUCAGAAGAGGUGCCAAUAGAGUUAGAAAAGAUAUGUGGUGGAAAGAUUUCAAGAUGAGAAUGUGUCUUAUUUUUGGUAUAAUCAUUGUCAUUGUUGUGAUUGUCGUUCCAAUUGCUGUCCAUUUCAGUUAA